AGCAAGGUUCCGACUUGGCUGAAUGCCGCAAUCCGUGUCUAUGUGGGCUCAAGCCUGUUGAGCUUCGAUUAUGUGCGUGCAGUAGCGUUAUCGAGGAGCGAUCUCGAGGUCCUCGGCCAAUGAGGGCGAGUCUGUACCUGAUCCUCGCGUUGACAUUGCCACGGCCAGUCAGUGCAGGUGAAGGCUACCCUGGAUGGGAGACAGAUCAGGGCUGCCCUUGCUCCAACCAGUCGCUCUGCGAGCCGAUCCACCGUGUAGGCCCUGAGCGAGUUUUUGCGUUCCACGUUGGAGUAGCUGGCAACAAGGACUGGACCCAGUACGACUGGAGUCAGAUUACCACCGUCUGCGUGUUCGGCGCGCUGGAUCCGGAGCUGCUCUGCCACGCGCACCGCGUGGGGGCGAGGGUCACCAUAGGCGUGGACAUAGGAAUCGCGUCGUGGCGCAACGCCAGCCUCGUCGACGCGUGGAUCGCGGAGAAGGUGCGGAAGGUCCAGGACGGCUUCCUGGAUGGUCUCAACCUCGAUAUCGAGGACUCCGCCACCGAUCCCGACGACGUCCGCGCGCUCUCCUCGCUGUCGGCGAGGACGGCCGAGGCGAUGCACAAGGCCGUUCCGGGGUCGCAGGUGACUUUCGACGUGCCGAGCGGUGGGAUGCUGAACCAAGGAACCUGCGGGACUCAGUACAACCGGCGCUACGACUUUGGUGCGCUGGCAGCCGCCAUGGAUUUCCUAGUCGCCAUGGACUACGAUUCGAACGCUCACUACCCUUCGAAGUGCCCGACGUGUUUUGACGCGAACUGCGGGCUGCCCAUCCUCGAGCAGGGCACGAGGUGCUACGAGAAACUGGGCGUCCCAGCGUCUAAGCUGGUCCUGGCAAUGCCGUGGUACGGAUACGACUACACUUGUGGCCCGGAUGACAAGCCAGGAGACAUAUGCCGCAUCCAGGCAGCAGCGCAGAUCAGUUAUCCCGGCGCCGCUGGCCUUCUGCUUUCGAGUUCAAUCGGUGGCCGCCACUGGGCAGCGAACACGUCCACGCCAUACUUUUACUAUCGCGACAGAAGCUCCGCCUUGCACCGCGUGGACUACGAUGACGUGGACUCGCUCCGGAUCAAGUACGCGUACGCGAGGACCGCGGGUCACCGGGGCGUCGGCAUGUGGACGGCGAACUCCCUCAAUUACACGAACGUGUCGGAGGUGAGCAGCUUCUGGGAGGCUCUCAAGGAAUUCGAGCCACCGCCGGGAGAGGAUGAUGUCGCCAACCUCGCGUACGUGUGAGCGCAUUCACGUGAUUCGCGGCACGUGAGGGAGGAAGGGCGGUAUAGAGAUCAAAUCACGUUGGGACUGGUGCCGGGCUACAUUGGACCAGUCCUUGGCAACCCUGGACAGGGUUUUCUUCAGUUCUUUGGUUUUUUGUUUGGUUAGGGGCUGGCCUGACCAGGCCGCACGCCUUUCCGGCCAUCGCGUUUCAAGAGGCAUUUCCACAAUGUGGUAGGUUGUUUCACGGUUGCCCUCCGAGUCUAUAGUUUUGUCGUCCGUUGGGCAUGCGACUUUCGUCCUCGAAGUAGCGAAGCGAAGGCUCGAGCACAAGUACAAGUCAUGUCUGAUUGCUGUGAACUUAGGUAUGGCUCCAGACUCACGAGCGAUCCCCCUGACCCCCCCCCCCAUGACAGGCCGCACGUUGUAUGCGUGUUCCACCAUCGCAGUUUGUCUCAUCACGCGUUGCUGUGUGCAUCGGAUGGUGUUGCAGGUCAAUGCCUGUGUCCGCUUACUAUCAAUACUAGGGUACAUCACGAUGUGCGUGCCUGGAGCCUUGCAUUCAUCCGGAUGCGGUAGCAUGAGGAAA